UCAAAGUUCACUAUAUAGAGAGCUCAGUGAGCUGAUCAGAGAGAAAGCAUUCUGCCAGCCCGGCUCCUACCAAUCGCAAAUCACUUCCUAACCUCCGCCUUUUUAACAUAUUUGAUCACUUUGAUUCUGCACUCCUUUUCCUAUUAUUUUUCAGUGCACGGAGGAGGUUUGUAGGUUGCGAUCUUUUGAGGUUUUUUUUUCUUUUUUGUGGUGCGUCCCGCUUUGGAGGAGAAGAGUUUGUCCUCAUAUCUUCCAAGCUCUGAAAACAUUGGCUUCAUCUAUCUGCGCGCUUUCUGGCGCAAGGAGAUAAUUGAAGAAGACGCAGUUCCCUUUUUUCUUCUGUUUUUCACCCAGUUUUUUUCUUUCCUGCAAGAAUUGUGCUGGAACUUCAUAGUAGCUGCUACAGCGCCGAUUGUUUCAUGCUGCUGCGGGAGUGGUCUCACCAGCCAGCCUGCUCCAUCACCCAGUCCAUGCUACCUCGGUUGAGUCUUUUGUUUUUUAAUAUUUAACCUACCUUUCCUCGUUGCUUGCUGUGCUGGAUGGCUGACUGUAAGCGCCCCUGGACUUGGCCUUUAAGCGCAAGGCAGCGACUCAGCUCGCCAACGCAUCAGUUCUGAAAACGUGCCUCGUCUCCACCAGCUUCACAGUUUCGGCAUUUUCGGGAGAUUCACGGUGGAUUCAACGUUGGAGAGAGCUGACGUUUUGUGUGCACGCCUGACAGACACAGUUUUGCCGCAUUUCCUUGACACCUCAUCCACCGCGACACCAAAACGGCAGACAAAAAGUUUCUUUACGUUGACUGAUAGAUAUGGCAAUGGUAGUGUGGAGAGGCUCACAGGACGAUGUGGCUGACCCCCAAGGCACCCUUUCCUCGCAAACCCAAGGAGGACUAUCCCUUCCGACCCCCCAGCCGGGCCAGUUGAAUCUGACAGGCUCCCAGGUCGCCCCUCCGACCCCUCAGACUCCGGUCCAGGGACCUCCGAACAACACGCAGCCCACGCCGACGAACCAGACGACGCAGCAGUCGGAGAAACAGCCGCAGCACAUCGAGUGCGUGGUGUGCGGGGAUAAAUCCAGCGGCAAACACUAUGGCCAGUUUACCUGCGAGGGCUGCAAAAGCUUCUUCAAACGGAGCGUACGACGGAACCUCACUUACACAUGCCGUGCCAACCGGAAUUGUCCAAUCGACCAGCACCACCGCAAUCAGUGUCAGUACUGCCGCCUCAAAAAAUGCCUUAAAGUCGGCAUGAGACGGGAAGUUUCUCUUUUUACUGCAGCCGUGCAAAGGGGACGGGUGCCACCCACACAGCCACACCACGGCCAGUUCGCCUUGACAAAUGGAGACCCACUCCACUGCCAUUCCUACUUAUCCGGAUAUAUCUCUCUUCUGCUGAGAGCGGAGCCCUACCCAACGUCCCGCUAUGGCAGUCAGUGCAUGCAGCCCAACAACAUCAUGGGCAUCGAGAACAUUUGUGAACUUGCAGCCAGGAUGCUCUUCAGCGCUGUGGAGUGGGCCAGGAAUAUUCCCUUCUUCCCAGACCUUCAGAUCACUGACCAGGUGGCUCUGCUGAGGUUGACGUGGAGUGAGUUAUUUGUGCUCAACGCUGCGCAGUGCUCCAUGCCCCUGCAUGUGGCUCCCCUCCUGGCGGCGGCUGGCCUUCACGCCUCCCCCAUGUCCGCGGACAGAGUGGUGGCCUUUAUGGACCACAUUAGGAUCUUCCAAGAACAAGUGGAGAAGCUCAAAGCUUUGCACGUUGACUCCGCUGAAUAUAGCUGCUUGAAGGCAAUUGUGCUCUUCACCACAGAUGCUUGUGGCCUCUCAGAUGUGGCCCAUGUGGAAAGUUUGCAAGAGAAGUCCCAGUGCGCCCUGGAGGAAUAUGUCCGGAGCCAGUAUCCCAACCAGCCAACACGGUUUGGGAAGUUGUUACUCCGCUUGCCUUCCCUUCGCACAGUCUCUUCCUCGGUCAUAGAACAAUUAUUUUUCGUCCGAUUGGUAGGUAAAACCCCAAUUGAAACUCUCAUCAGGGAUAUGUUGCUUUCGGGGAGCAGUUUUAACUGGCCUUACAUGUCAAUUCAGUAAACCAAGAAGGACAAACAAAAGGUGGGGCUGAGGUGGGAGGGAGGGGAGGGGGGGGCUGCGAGACUACAAUGAUUAUAGCUGCUUUUGUGGAAGGAAGAAAUGAAAAAAAAAAAGAAAAGAAAAAAAACUAACCGGCUGUUAAACGGGGCUGGCUUUCAUGAAGAAAGACAUUGACGUAAAAUGACUGUGAAUUCCCCCUCACCCAACCCCCCCCCCCCCCCACUCCGAAAAAAUAAGUCAAAUUGAGACAUCCUCGGAACUUUCAAAAAUGGCAAAUACAAGCUCCCAGUGUUCACGCAGAACAACCUGCUCUGAUCCAUUUUUAUAACAAAAGGACAAAACGAGCAUAAAAAAUAAGAAAAAAUACAAAAAAGGGAUUUUUUGAUCCUUGUGAGGAAAUUUUAAGUAUUAAGUGCAUUUAAAAUGGAACAUUUGGGUAUGAAAGAAAAAAACAGAGAAAGGGAAACUACAAAAGUACACUUUCUUUUCUCAAAUGACUUGUCCUGUGUUAAUGUAUAGCUGUGUUUUGUACUUUCUUUUUUUCUUUUCUUUCUCCUUUCUGGUUACAAACCGGCCUAUGUGAUUUCUGUAGUACAGGUGAUGUUAUUUUUUAAGACAAUGUUUUAUUUUGAAAAGGUGAAGUAAUGUUUAAAAAAAAAUUCUAAAAAGAAUUAAAACCACAGCAAUAGGAGAAUAUAGGCUCAUGAUCUAAUAGGCUUAAUGCUGCAAGCGCACUUAUAUUUUAGAAGACCAUCUGGGGGCAAGAAGGGAGGUGUUUUUUGGAGUUCAUGUCCAACUUUAUGACCCAGCGAACAUUUUUAGCUUUUAAUUGUGGAAAUGGCUUUUUUUACCCCCAACAGAAAACCACAGAAUUUACUUCAAAAUUUAGAAAUUAUGACCUGGAUUCUCACAAACUUGUUGGGUUGACAAAACUCUAAAUAUCAGGCAGAAAUGAUCUGAAUUUGGUAUAUAGACGCCAGCGGUUAGGGAUGUAUUAGAGACAGGUCGUUCCGUUACACUCAGAUUCAGGUGGUUUGCAGAGGUUCAACCUGCACCGACAGCAUCUGUUAAAAAUUUUUUUUAAAAAGUUGGAGAGGUCAAGGGGUCAUAAAAGUUUGAAGUCCAGCCAGUAUUAUUAAAGUUUCCCUGAAAUGUCACCCUUUAUCCACUACAAGCAUUAAGUGCCUGACAAGCAUAAUGUGAUUUCUUAUCAAAACGCUGUUAAAGUAGGACUUCAAGAUUUAUUUUGUGGGGCGGGUGGGUUGGGAGGGGGGCACAAUUAGACUCCAGUCUUGUAUUUCACUUGAAAAACCCUGAUUAGAAGCAGUAUUCUUGUAAAUAUAGGUCAGUACAUUUCAAUGAGUUUUUCUUUAUACAAAGUAUAUGUGAUUAAGAAAAAAAAUCUGUGGUUGCCAUUUCUUUUCCUUGGUAAUACGUCUUCAAAAUUGAGUGGCAGACUUAGCUAGUAGCACUGAAAGUUAUGUUUUUAAUGUAUAUACAUAUUACUACAAAUGUUUUUGUUUCCAUGUAUAUUUAGACUGUGAAUGCAUGGCCACAGGUCACUAACCUAUUUUACCUUUGAUAUAUAAAUGUAAAUGUUUUCUCUCUCUUUCUCUUUUUUUUUUUUGACUGUAUAGAUAUUCUCUGUGCAUUCAGUACAAACCAGCCCUUGUAUUUAAAGAAGCAGAAAAGGAAAAAAAGAAAGAAAGAAACAGCAUUGAUUAUUAGGCAACAGACUUAAACAGGGUGAGCAGGUUUUUGGUAAACAAAAAAAACAACAAAAAAAAAACAACAAAAAAAAAACAACCAAAAAAACAAAACAAAAGGAGCUGAUAUUUUAACUUCAGUGUUGUUGCUCCUUUUUUGGUCUGGUUUGACAGGUGCCGUGGUGCGCGUGAGAGGCUGUGUGAAAGUGUGUGUGUGAGAGUGUGUGUGUCUGGAAGCUAGCAUUUUGUUCUUGUUUGGAGGCGCUCCUUCAACACACACGCAAACAGCAUGUUGUGGUUGAAUCAAAAAGGGAUCACUGAUUGAACACUGAUGUUUGGCUGUUCGUGGCCACAAAUGGACCAGAGAAUGAUACAUGAUUGUAAUUAUGAACAGUUUAAACUGACCCACGUUUUUAUAUAAAUAUAUAAAAAUAUAUGACUGCAGGGUAUUGAUAUCGUAUAGAUACUUUUUUUAUGAUUAUGAUCAUUAUUACCAUUAUUAUUAUUAUUAAUUGCAAGUGAUAUAUGUGAGUGUGUGUGAAAGUUUAUAGUUGAACACAUUUCUUGUUUGUUUGUGUUAGCUUAUUGUAAACAAGCAUUCUGCUGUAAAUUUGUUCUUGGUAUUAAAUUAUAAUUUAUGAAUUUGACAACA